UACGCACGGGAAAACAGGUGCCCUUGGGACGAGGAGACGUGCAGCAACGCAGCGUCUAACGGUCACCUAGACUGUCUGACUUACGCACGGGAAAACCAGUGCCCCUGGGACAAGCGUACGUCCAUAAACGCCGCAAAAUACGGUCACCUCGAGUGCCUGAAAUACGCAUGGGAAAAUGGGUGUGGUUUGGACCGGGAAAUGUGCAACAUCGCCGCGUGGAACGGUCAACUGGAGUGCCUGAAAUACGCACGGGAAAAAGGGUGCCCCUGGGACGAGCAGACGUGCAGUUUCGCCGCAUUAUUCGGUCAACUGGACUGUCUGAAAUACGCACGGGAAAACGGGUGCCCGUGGAACAGCGACACGUGCGACAUGGCAGCGCACCAUGACCAGUAUGAAUGUUUGGUGUACGCCUACGAGGCAGGGUGCCCGUGGAACAUGUUCAGUUACUCGGGUAGUUCAAGAUACAGCUACUCGAAAUGCUCUGAAUACGCCCGCGAAAUAUGGUUACGGGAUGGCAAUUGAACUCAAUUAAUAUCUUUUUAGUUUUUAUAAUGUCUUUUUAUUAUGAAUUCAUGUUACGAGUUUUUAGCGUUCUUUUUAUAUAAAGUUAUUAAUAUAUUUUUAAAGUUGUUCAAUAAUUUUUUUUUUUAAAUGUUCUUCUCUGUUGUUAUCUUUGAUAGUUUGAUUCAUGGGUACCUACAUUCUAACCAAAUUAUACUGUAUCGAAUCUAUGAAAAAAAUA